GGCCGGGCGCGCCCCCGCUGCCCCUCCGGCACCGGGGGCUCCGCCGCACCGGGAGCUCCGCGGGGCGGGCGUGCUCCCCGCCGCGAGGGGCCUCGCCAGACACCGGCACCCCGUUCCAGGGCCGCUCGCUGCCCACCCCGGUUAGCUGCGGGAGCGGCCGCACGCAGCCCGUGCAGCGGGAGGUGCUUCUCAUCGCCCGCCGGUGACGCCGCGGUGCACCGGUGCGUGCCCCGGGUGCCGGCCCCGAGGAGGCCGCGGGGCCUGCCGCAGCCCAGCCCUUCGGCUGCUCGUGGGCCGCGCCGUCCCCGGCUGCCGGUGGUUUGCGCUCGAGGGUAUACAGCAUGGCCCAAACAGAGAAGAAAGGUGGGCUGCUCCGGAAGUCUUCAGCCUCCAAGAAGCCAUUGAAAGAGAAAGUGGUGUUGAUGUAUGAUGAAAUUUUCACGACAGAGGACCCCAGUAAAUGCAACCCUAGGUUUUGGGAGGAGCUAUUUCUCAUGAAGGUCAACCUGGAGUAUCUAGAAGGCAAGCUGGAGGCUCUGGAUGGGGAAGAAUUAAUGAAGAUAAAAGAUAACAUCAACUGCUUGUUUCAGCAUUGCAUCCAGGCCCUGGGUGAGGAGCACCCAAUCAGAGUGGUGAAUGCAUUACAGACUUUGUGUGCAUUAAUUCGGGGUGUCCAUCAGAAGAACAAAUCCACUUCUGGAUUUGACAUCAUCAACAUGCUUGUGGGUUUUGACAAGGCAGAGCUAUGUAUGAAGAAUCUGAUGGAGAGCUUGGACUCCCUUCUCUGUGCAGAAGGUUCUGAAAGCCUCAAAAGCUUGUGUCUGAAGCUACUUCUCUGCUUGGUGACAGUGACAGAUAACAUUAGCCAGAACACCAUCCUGGAGUAUGUGAUGAUUAACAGCAUAUUUGAAGCUAUUUUACAGAUCCUGUCCAGCCCUCUUAGUCGCAGGGAACACGGAUAUGAUGCCGUUGUCCUUCUGGCCUUGCUGGUCAACUACAGAAAGUAUGAGUCAGUGAAUCCGUACAUUGUGAAGCUGUCCAUUGUGGAUGAUGAGGCCACACUCAAUGGAAUGGGACUUGUAAUUGCCCAGGCUUUAUCGGAAUAUAACAGGCAAUACAAAGAUAAAGAAGAGGAGCAUCAAACUGGUUUCUUCUCAGCCCUAACUAACAUGGUGGGCAGCAUGUUCAUAGCAGAUGCUGAUGAGAAGAUCUCUGUCCAAACAAAUGAAGCAAUCCUUCUGGCCCUUUAUGAAGCUGUUCACUUAAACAGGAAUUUCAUCACAGUUCUGGCACAAAGCCAUCCUGAAAUGGGCUUGAUGACAUCACCAACGAGCCCAGUUCCAACGACACCUGUCACUCCACUUGGAACCACCCCGCCUUCUUCAGAUGUUAUAAGCUCUGCAGAGCUGCCUUUGGAUGCUGAUGUGCAAACUAGCAACCUGCUGAUAACCUUCUUGAAGUACAGCUCAAUUGUGAUGCAGGACACAAAAGAUGAGCACCGGCUGCACAGUGGCAAGCUGUGCCUCAUUAUCCUGACAUGCAUUGCAGAGGAUCAAUAUGCUAAUGCGUUUCUUCAUGAUGACAACAUGAAUUUUCGUGUAAACCUACACAGAAUGCCAAUGAGGCAUCGGAAGAAAGCAGCAGACAAGAACCUGCCCUGCCGCCCGCUGGUGUGUGCGGUGCUCGAUUUGAUGGUGGAAUUCAUUGUAACACACAUGAUGAAAGAAUUUCCUAUGGAUCUCUAUGUACGGUGCAUUCAGAUUGUGCACAAGCUGCUGUGCUAUCAGAAGAAAUGCAGAGUGAGGCUCCAUUACACUUGGAGGGAGCUCUGGUCAGCUUUGAUCAACUUGUUGAAGUUCCUCAUGUCUAAUGAGACUGUGUUGCUGGCCAAGCACAACAUCUUCACCCUUGCUCUUAUGGUUGUGAACCUGUUCAACAUGUUCAUCACUUACGGAGACACAUUUCUGCCCACUCCCAGCAGCUAUGAUGAGCUGUAUUAUGAAAUCAUUCGCAUGCACCAGAAUUUUGACAACCUUUAUUCUAUGGUUCUAAGGCUGUCUACCAAUGCUGGUCAAUGGAAAGAGCCUGCAAGCAAGGUGACCCAUGCAUUAGUCAAUAUUAGGACAUCAGUCAUAGGCAAACUGAAAUUCAUCCAUGAAGUAAUUAAACAGAAGAGCAACCCUGAGAAUUAUUUUGAAACAUUUUUUUCUCUUAAGACCACAAGACAGAGAGCCAUCAUCAAUCACUUCAACCCGAAGAUAGAGUCUUAUGCUGCAGUGAAUCACAUAUCACAGCUCUCCGAGGAUCAGGUUCUGGAGGUGGUACGGUCCAACUAUGACACGCUGACCCUGAAGCUGCAGGACGGACUGGACCAGUACGAGCGCUACUCGGAGCAGCAUAAGGAGGCUGCAUUCUUCAAAGAGCUGGUUCGCUCCAUCAGCAUCAACGUGAGGAAGAACCUUGCUUUCAACACGCUGAGCCAGGAGCUGCUGCUGAAGGAGUUCUCCACGAUCUCUUGAAGCGGGGACGCUGCCGCUGCGCCGGCUGAGCAGAGACGGGCCCGUGUGCAGGGACACUCCAGCUCUGCGGCCGGUCGCCUCCUGCCUGCCGAAGGACUGUGUUUCUUUUAGGGGAACGCCUUGCUGCUGUGUGUUUGAUCCCAAAGGAAUGUGUUUAAACAGAACUUGGGCUGAGGAGAGGUGAUUGGCAUGUUGAGGAGGAAGCAACUUUUUAUGGUGCCAUGGGAGUGGGCAGCCAUUCCUGUGACUUUGCAAUGGGAGAUUCCCUCCACGGCCUCAGGGAAAAUGCACUGGAAACCUUUGUAGCAGAGCUGGGGAGAGCUCACAACUGAAAUAAUAAAACCAGCCCAGCUGUGUGAAACUGUUCUGGGUAGAGAUUGCUCACCUGCUCUAUGGGGAAAGCUGUCUGGUCCCAGGUGAGGGCUGUUCUUUUCCAUUAGCCUGGGUCAACAUGUCCUCCUGCCAUGUAAGUCAAAUCCACUGUCACCCCAUUGGGAAUGGCUUUGGAUUAUAAAACAGUUUCCCCAAGGAGCAGGCCUUGCUCACUGCUGUCUCCUGAUGUCAAAAGGUGUCACUUCAACCAAGCCAUCAGAUUACUGGAAAAGGGGAAACUUUGCCUCCAAGGCUGUUGGCUUGCAGGGUCCAGUGUGAGCCAGUAUACAAGAAUAUGGGUCAUUAAACAGAGCACUUUGUUACUGGAGACCAGCUCUGCUUGGGGUCACUGUUGCUUCCAGUAGCCCCAGCUCAUCUGCUGUUUCUAAGGUAGAGGGACAUUUUUAGAUAUUUGGUUUUCAUGGGGCAGAGGACAGGCUGAUUCCUUCUCCCCACUCACCUUAUUGCCCACCAGAGACCGCUUUGCGACAAUCCUCCUCUUCCUCACAGGAACAUCUGCCUUGCAUAUGUUUGCAGGUGCCUGGUGACCUUCAUAAAUGAAGAAGUCUCCAGUUUUUCCUUUGUGUGUAGCACACAGUUAAAAUGCAUCUGGAGAAGUAGUGACUUCACUUUCUUGCCCUCCUGUCUUCACCAAGCGACUUACAGUCGUGGUCCGCUGAGGGCUUCCUAAGGAAGAGCUCUGGGAUGAUGCUGUGGGGCACAGGCAGACCUUUCUGCUCCCAGAGCCGGUGCUUCAGAGGUGCCCAGAUCUGGCAGAGCCUGUUUAGAGUGCUGUGUCAGGCUCCCAGCUCAGGAAUACACAGUAUAAACACCCGUUCCACACCUGUUCCCUGCUCAUGCGUUUUCAGUUCCCAGCAGUGAUGUUAUGAUAUUAGAAUCUGGCUUGACUUGGUGGACUGAAGUAGAGAAGUUAUUUACAUCCCAGAGCCACAGUUGGUUUUCCUCCCCCCACUAGAAAACAGGUGUUUUUUUUAAAAAGUGCCUAGUUCUGCUCUUAGCCUUGUAGGUUAGUGUGAGUAAUGUGGAUGUCAUGCUCAUUUACUACCAUUUUUAGGCAAGGCUUUUUUCAUGCUAAUGUGCAUUAAUUGUGUUAAUGUUUCAUCUUACCUGCUAUGAGCAUGGGAAACUGAACGCUGUGUCCUUGGCCACCCACUGGGCACAACACUGAUGACAUCCCUAUGUUUUCCUUGGGAGCACUGGCUUCUCUCAGCAGAGGAUACUAUUCCUCAGCAGGGAAUUGUCUGGCUUUUAACAGCUAAGCCAGACAUUUAUUUGCUUUCUGCCAUGCUAGUGUACAGGAAUGUGUAUGUGUCAAAGGGACAGUGCUUAGGGGAGAAUGAGCAGGCUCCAUAAAAUCACUGCUUGAGAACAGACCAGGGCAUGUAGAGGAGGCAGUGAAAAAUGGGGAACAGUUAUUUGCAGUAUGUGGUGCUUGUCUGGGGGGAUAGAGGGGGAUCUCACCUCUGAGGGCGGAGUUCCUUCUCAAAGGGACUUGAGGUGCAGCCCCAGCAGAGCAGAGUCAUCCAGCUGUCCUCAUGCCUCCUGUUCUCUGAGCCCACUUAGGCUGAGCCUGGACACAUACAUGAGAGAGUUUGGGAUGAGUCUGCUUCUGACUCGGCAACCUCUGGAAUUUUCAGCUUCUCACUCUGGGCUCAGCUAUCCUGUCUCCCUGAGGAUGCUCCCUUGCUGGGAUGAUCACAGAAGCCCAGGCAUGUGUGAGAUCAGUUCCUGAGCCCAGCCCUCAUCGUAGUCUGAGCUGGGGAAGACUGUGAUACGUGUCCUCUUGUCACACUGUCACUGAACCAAGCACUGUAAGUGGAUGUACAUAAAAACCUAGAGCUCAAUAAAUAGCAGAGCCCUGCCUGUCCAGA